AUGCAAAGUUUGUUUAGGAUAAUUAUUAGCAGGUGCAAUGAUAGGGAUGAUGAGGAUGAUGCUUUUAUAAUGUUGGUAAAUAAUGAUGUUACCAACAGAAAAAUAAAAAAAUUGGAAACAAAAAGGCCCUCAAAAGAAAUGCAGGUAACGAUAGCACGGCAACUAGGUUUGGAACCGACAACUGUAGGUAAUUUCUUCAUGAACGCGCGAAGAAGGUCUAUGGAUAAGUGGAAAGACGAGGACCCAAAAGCCGUUUCUCAGGCCAUGCUCCACCAACAACUAUCACCAGGAAUGGAUCAAGAUGAUCUGGAUCAGGACGGAGAUAUGGACAAUGAUAUGGAUGAUCAUGACGAUGUCUUGUGA